AUGGCCGCCAUUUUCUCUCCAUCCAUUUUUUCUCCUUCUGUUUACUUUAUUUUCUUUCUUUUUACUUCUUUUUUUUUUUGUUUUUGUUCUAACAAAAACCAUCACCGACCUUUGCAACCUCCUCUCCGCCUUAUCCGUAAUCCGAAACCAACCAAUUUUUCCUUCUUUUCUUCUUCAUUUUUUUCUUUUCCUUCUUUUCUACUUUUCUCUUCUUUUCCUGGUGAAGGACUUUUUUCAUCCUUUUUCUGCUUUUUUGUCCUUCAUUUGCAGAUUAAGAAUUCUCUUUCACUUAUUUAUUCUAGUUCAUUUUUCUUCUCUCUCUAUUUCUUUUUGUUUCAUCCUCCUUUUUCCUCUUUCUUCUUCUUCUUCUUCUUUAAUUUUUUCACCGUCUAUUCUACCCCUCCUCCAUUUAUUUCGGCCUUUUUUCUUCGCUUACAUUUUUCUUCAUUAAUUUCCCUUCUUCCAUUUCUUUUUUUUAUUUAA